UCGUCACAGUAGAGGAAAUCCUAAAUAAAUGUGUGGGAUUCCGUUUUGUGUGGGCAAGUACGUUCAGUCUUACUGGCAAAUUAUUUUUACAAACGUUUACUUCGUAGCGGUCGUGUUUAAGCGACGAGUGAAGGGGGGGUACCGGGGGAGGGGGGAGGUUGGCGUCAGGUCAAAAUGUCGAUUCAGUACGAGGUGGAACAGCUGGCUGACAGCUACGGGGUCGCGGACUCGUUCCCCAAAGAUUUCGGUUAUGGGGAAGAGGAGGCCGAUAUCGAAGACAGCCCGGCGACGUCUGACAGCAAACCUCGAAUCCUGCUCAUGGGUUUACGGAGAAGUGGCAAAUCCUCCAUACAGAAGGUGGUGUUUCACAAAAUGUCCCCCAAUGAGACGUUGUUCCUGGAGAGCACCAACAAAAUCUACAAGGAUGACAUCUCCAGUAGCUCCUUUGUCAACUUCCAGAUUUGGGACUUCCCAGGUCAGGUUGACUUCUUCGACCCGACCUUUGAUUAUGAGAUGAUCUUCAGAGGAACCGGCGCACUAAUAUUUGUCAUUGAUGCUCAGGAUGAUUACGUGGAGGCUUUGGGGAGGCUUCACCUCACUGUGUCACGGGCCUUCCGGGUCAAUCCUGAGAUAAAUUUCGAGGUAUUUAUUCACAAAGUAGAUGGCCUUUCAGACGAUCAUAAGAUUGAGACCCAGAGAGACAUCCAUCAGAGAGCCAAUGAUGAUCUGGCGGACGCGAGUCUAGAGAAGUUACAUCUGAGCUUUUACUUGACCAGUAUUUAUGACCACUCCAUCUUUGAGGCCUUCAGCAAAGUGGUGCAGAAACUCAUUCCUCAGCUUCCCACUCUGGAGAACCUCCUCAACAUCUUCAUUUCUAAUUCAGGGAUUGAGAAGGCCUUUUUGUUUGAUGUGGUUAGUAAGAUCUACAUUGCUACAGACAGCUCUCCUGUGGACAUGCAGUCCUACGAACUGUGCUGCGACAUGAUUGAUGUGGUCAUUGAUGUCUCCUGCAUCUAUGGACUGAGGGAAGACGGUAGUGGCAGUGCCUAUGACAAAGAGUCCAUGGCCAUCAUCAAACUCAACAACACCACUGUCCUCUACCUGAAAGAAGUCACAAAGUUCCUAGCACUUGUGUGCAUUCUCCGAGAAGAGAGCUUUGAGCGCAAAGGGUUGAUAGAUUAUAAUUUCCACUGUUUCCGAAAGGCUAUCCAUGAAGUGUUCGAGGUGGGUGUUUCCUCCCAGCGUCCAGUGGGCCCCCUGACAUUGGGUUCACCCCGCAACAAGACCGUUGCACUCAAUGGCACCCCACGCAACACAGUCUAAGCCCUCAGGCUUAGAAAGUGAACAGAAACAAUAAAGAUGGCAAGAGAAAUGGUGGAGGAGAGCCAGGGAGCCUGUAGAUGAGACUACUAAUCUGGGGCUCACCAGCAUGUAAGUCACAAUUCUUUGCUCCCAGCACAUCAGCACUGAGACAGCCGGACCUACAAGAGUGUUGGAGCAGCACUGGACCACAAAGGAGGAGAGGAAGACUUCUUGAUUUAUGUUGGGAAUGACUGAUGCAUCCCGUUGGCUGUGAAGAAAUAAACAUUUUAAAGCUGCACCUUGACUUCUUAGUACUGGUUCCCCCACAUGGACAGCAGUGGAAGUUGGACAAACAUGUUUUUGUUGCACCCUGAUGCUGUGGACACGCUGUAUUGUUCAUUUGCAGGAAUGGCCCUAGUGAUGUACCCACCUUGACUGCUUCUUCAGAGAUGGCCUUAAUUGGAUAAAGUUUGUCUAAAGUGCAAACUUUGUCUUGACCUCUCACCUUACCCUACACAAAUGCUGCCCAAAACUUGCUUUUUGGUUUUGUCUAUGAAGGGGAAAAGGAGUGGUGAGCUGACUGAAAAGGAUUUUGUGUGUGUAUGUGUGUGUGUGAGAUCAGUGAAAUGUUCAGAUUAUAUCCCUACCUGGGUUGUCUGUCUGUACUGCUACAAGAUUUUUAUCAAGAGUAAAUGUCUUUUUUGCCAGCUUGUCAGCCUCUAAGUCAGUAAAAGUAGUUCGACUGAAAAUCAAACCUUUUUUUAACAUCUAGAGACAGUCUGCAAAAGCACUGCCAAGAAGAUGAAAUAAUUGCAAUAAUUAAAUGGUAAGAUUGUGAAAACACCUGUUAUUGUUUGCUAUCAGGGGAAAAAGGAAUCUAUUGUCUUGAAUAAAUUGAGUCUGGCUCAGGGUUCACACAGCACAUCAGUUGUUUGAGGAGAUCACUAACUGUUUGAAGCUUGCUUUUUUUUUUUCUUUUUUUUUUUUUUUUAACCCCAGGUUGAGUCUUGUUCAGCUCUACUAACACAAUUUUUGUCUUUCGUUUGGCUCGGCACGAUUCACAUUAACAAUUGGUGUCCAUUCCAGGCAUGCAAACAGUGUGUUCAGUCGUUCUCAGCUGUAAUCACUGCUGUUGAGCAAGCAAACAUCACCACAUUGAGGCUGAAAUAAGACCAAAUUAAAUUUCUUCUAACAUUACAGUGACAUGUAAAAU